GCUGCUGCUGCUCUGUCCUCCACCUCCUCCACCUCCUCCGCAGGGAUGAAGCUCCUUCUGCUGCUCCUUCUCACCUGGCUGGGGACACCUGAAGGAGGCGGCGACUGUCCGGCUGUGUGCAGGUGUGAAGGAGUCCACAGGCUGCAGCGCGUCGACUGUGUGAACGUGGGUCUGAGGUCGGUUCCCUCCGGCCUGAGCGGCUUCACCUCCUCCCUACGUCUGGAUGCUAACUUCAUCUCCCGCCUGCCGGCCUCCUCCUUUAAGGGCCUGACAUCUCUGCGUCACCUGCGGCUGGACGACAACGACCUGACGAAGGUUCCUGUUCUCGCUCUGAGCCGCCUGACGGAGCUGCAGGCUCUGACUCUGGCCGUCAACAACAUCAGCUACGUCCCCGACCGAGCGUUCGCCUCCCUCCGCCGGCUGCUGGUGCUGUUUCUCCAUGACAACCGCAUCCAGACUUUGGGCAGGAAGAGUUUUGACGGACUGCACAACCUCGAGACUCUAGACCUGAGCUUCAACAGGAUCAAACGUCUUCCUGCAGCCAUCAGACGUCUGAGGAACCUGAGAGAGCUGAACCUUCAGAACAACUGCAUCUCAGUGGUUCCAGAAAACGCCUUCACAGGAAAUCCCUCCAUCGAGACCAUACACAUCCAGAACAAUCCAGUCCACACGGUGGACUACGCGUCCCUCCAGCUGCUGCCUGACCUCCGGACUCUCCGCCUGUCUCCGUCCGGGCUGCAGAGUCUCACACGCCUGAAAGAGCUGAGCGUGUCACACCAGCACAGCACGUCGGAGCUGCGGUUCGCCUGCUGCCGUGUGUCUCUGCAGGGGGACGCUGUGGACUCUCCGUCAACAUCCUGUCUGGACUCGUCUCUGUGGCUGCUUCAGGUCAGCGUUUCCUUCCUGCUCCUCGUCUCCGUGGUCUCCCUCCUCCUCUCCUCCCAGCGCCUCCUCGUGCUCCUCUGCUGGCUCCGGGUCCUCGCCGCUCUCUCCGGCUGCAGCACCAUCAGCACACACGCCGAUCCCGGAUCCGGACUGCUCCUCCUGUGUCUCUCCUCUGAGGUCUUCGUCAUGAUGGUGGUGGUUCUUGAGAGCAGAGCCUGGACGAAGAGCUGCGCUCAGAUCAGCUGUUCUCUCGGCUGCAGCUUCACUCUGACGGUUUGUCUUCUGAUUGCGAUGCAGAAGAUCAGUUUGUGUUCGGCUUCUUUUCUUCUCACACACUCAGCUCUGAUGCUCCUUAACACUUCCUGUUUCCUGGCUAUGACCCACGUGAUCCGUCGCUGCCCUCAGGAAGAAAUGACAUCUAACCGGAGAGGGCGCCAUGCCGCUUAAACCUCCCUCCUCCUCACAAACAAAUAAGUCAGGGUCCACCUGCCCUGAACCCUGUCACGCCUGGACGGCCGAGUCGCCAGCUCAAAACUUCUUCCCAGAAUUCGCGAGUCCACCAGAGAAACCCUGUCCUGGUAAAGACCAGACACAGACUCACACAGUUCAUCCGUUAAGACAAUCAGCAGAAAACGAUCACCAAGUAUUGUGAAUUGUUUCGGUCAUUUAUGACAGUAAACUCAGAGUCUUUGGGUUCUGGACUGUUGGGUGGACAAAAGAAACAAUCGGACAUUUUAAAGACUAAACGAUUAAUCGAUGAUAAAAAAAAUAAAGUCAUCAGUUGAAGUCCUGCCCCACACUGGGAUCUGCUUUGGGAUUUCCUCAAAGUUCUUACUGGCCCAGGCCUCGGGGCUUAGGUGGACCCCCAACGCCUUCAGCUGUGGGACGUCUGACUCGAGACCCCGUUCAGGCUGAGCCCCGCAGUCCACCUUCAGUGAGCAGUUUAGAUUACAGCUUUUCUCCUUCAUCACAUUUACUCUCAGAUCUUUUCAUGUUUUGUACAUUUUGUCAGCCUGUAGUUUAAUGAGCUCCCUCAGCCACCGUAGAAGAAGUUUUCCGAGGCUCAACUGAAUAGCAGAAAUAGGUUUUAUUUGCAUGUUUGUUUGAUUCAUUAUUUUCUGCCUGCAUUUGAUAAUAAAGACGGUA